GAGUCAUAUUUAUUGUACCCACACUUCUUUAAUUAACUGUUUAAAAAAAUUGGUAAAUAUAUUUGUUUGUUUUGUAAUCUUGUGUUAUAAUGACUUUGUAACUUGAAUACAAUAGUGCGUCGUGAUGUUUACUAUUUAAACAUUGUAAUCUAAACAAUUCGGCAACAACUGAAGGAGCACAACAAACUAGUGAUAUGACGACAGCAUCCGAAGGCAUUUACAUCGAUGGAGUCCUGUAUGAGAAGGAGAUACUGAAAGCAGAUCUUAUUCGUCCAUCUUUGUUAACUGUCGACCGCAAUACCAAUAUGUUAUACUUCAGUUUCCUUUCUGAUGACGAAAAUGAAUGCAACUAUAAAUCAGCUAAAAUAGAUCUUAAUACUAAACAAUUUACUAUCACAGAUGUUAUAAAAGAAGGGUAUGCUCACGCAAUAGAUCAGAAAACGGGACAAGUAUAUGUAGGUUCUGAUGAUGGUAUUUACAAAUAUGAUCCAAUAACAAAAAAUACUGAACUCAUAGGUGCAAAAGGGUGUAAUAUUUUGAGCAUUUACUAUAAAGAUUUAUUAUAUUUCACAAAACUUGACAAAUUGCGUUUUUUGCAUACAAUCACGGACGGCGAAACAUCUAGAUAUGAUGAAUUGCAAGAUUUGGAGGUGGAGAAUUUCCUUAUAGAUAAUGAAGAUGUGAUGUUUUUCGUUAAUGAAAAUGGUCUCUAUAGUCAAAAGAAAGGUACAUGUAAUGCAACUUUAUAUGAGGGAAUACCUGACUGCACUCCAGAAAGUCUAGCAAUUGACAUGAACGGUGUUGUACAUGUAUGUUAUAGGGAAAGUAUUUUUAAGGUUAACAAAGAAACUGCCAGUAUAGAACUAUUAGUGGAUUUAGGAAGAGAUUUUCUAGCAACUGCGGCGUUUGAUAAGAAUAAUAAUAUUGUAUACGCAGAAGGUACAAGAGUUGUACGACUGGUGCCUAGUGCCGAUAGAAAUGGUGGCAUCUAAUGGUGAAUCU